UGUUCCUUUCUACAGUGUUCUGGGUGACAAACAGCUGAAAUUCACUGUUCAUAAGCGAUGCACGUGCGCCUUGCGUGAUGCACCUUACUUCAGCCCUCCACGCGUCCUCCACGUGCCACACACCGCCUCACCAGAUGUGCCCAACUCAAUUUGGCGCCUUCAGCUUUCGUCUUCUCUCUCUCCUCAUCCUCCCAUCUGUUCAUCUCCAUGAAUCUCCAUGAAUCUGAAUUAAAUUUUAACUUCUCAGCUCCAUCAAUUUCAAUGGGAUUUUUUUCCUUUUCUUUUCUUUAUAUAUCAAACUUCAACCUUCUACUUCUCAUCUCCAUGAAUUUAAAUGGGGUCCCUUUAAUGCUCGGGCGAGGGUUCUUCUGCAUCAAAUUUCUGCUUUUCAGCUCCAUUACUGACAAUUGGUUUGGGCCAGCUGCGUGUAGUGGCCGAGGGAAAUGGAUAGUUGGGUGUUUUGUGGUUAAUUUCAAUGGUUUCCUUUAAUGCUGGGUUAUGGACUCUGGGAGUGGCUCAAUUCAGGGGCUGCUGGGUUGCCUGCGUGUGGUGGGCAAGAAAAAUGGAUGUUUGGCUGUUUGUUGGGCAAGGGAAAUGGAGCUCCUACUUUGUUUACAGAGGAUUCAAGUUGCUUCUCAUUCAUCUGUUGUUGCCAGCUUGUAAACCAGCCUCUGGUUGUAGCUAUGUCACUAAACCCAUUGCGCAUCCCGUUCCAACCUCUACUAAGGCAAAUUACCGAGUGCCUAAGCUUCCAAGUUCCUACCUAUGGUAUUGUCGACCUAGCUAAGAACAAUGCUUGCGUAGCUGUUAGGACAGAGUGUGGGCCAAUGGCUUAUAUGUAUGUCGGUGGGGAGGCUGGCAACCUAGAUGAGUCGUGCGACAAAGCUGCUGAGCAAGCUGUCCGUGACCUCAUUAGCAAAUACAGUGUGCAUGUUGAGGAUUUCACGGCUGGCAAAAGACGCAUGCUUGAUAGGUGUGCCUACCUCUAUAGCCUUAAAAGGAUUGAACUUGAAGCUAUUGAAAGGGGCACACCAUCAGGAAUGCCAUCUGAAGCUGAGUUCCUAGAUGCUUGUCCUACUGUUAGCCACAUUACACUUGACUACAUGAAUUUCUUACCUAUGGUAGUCAAGCACACUCAAGCUUUGUUGACUCCAGUGGAAAACAUAUGCUUUGGUGGUUUUAGGCAUACUUCUUGGGUGACAAUUACGUGCCCACACAGUGCACAUGGGGUUGCAUGCAUCUUUGGGAACGCCUGUGCCACUUUAGAUGAGGCCAAGCAGAGUCUUGCAAAGAAGGCAAUUACUUUCCUAAUGCAUCAAUACAACUUCUCUAUCAUUGAUGCAAAUUACAAAGCCUCCAACUAUGCAUCUAUUCUCUGUGCUCUUGAAAGAGAGAGCUAUCUAACCGUUAAAGAACGAGUUCUUAACAUCCAGGAACCAAUGCACCCUAGCCCGUUGGUUGUUGAGCAAGAUUGUCUAACUCCGCGUGGCAUCCAGUUUCAGAUACCUACAAUGGUAUCGCCUCCCCUUCCUCCAAAGAAACGCAGGGCCAGGUCAUCCUUUGGAAAUGUACCGAGUUCUGGGCAAGGCCCUGCAGUUCCUCUGCUUGCUGUUCCCUCGGAGCUUGAAACUGUUAUAAAACGUCCCAAGAAAGGCGGGGUCUAGGCAUACCAUCUAUUUGUGUUGUUAGGAAUCAUUUGCAAGAGUUGCCUAUCCUUGCCCUUUUGUGCUACGAGUUGUUUAUGCCUUUCUCUAAACUUAAGUUGUUGCUUUGAUAGAAUUCUAAAACUGUACUGACUACCCUUUACAUUUAGUCCUUUUGUAGUCAAAGUAGCCUUUUGUAAUGGCUUUCUUUCUGUAAUAGCUUAGAUGGGUUGUAACAAAUUCUCUGCAUUUCAAUGCAAGUUAUGAAAUCUUUGCUAUAUAAUAGUUGCUUCUAACUUGCUCUUCUUCUCUGCACUUUCUUUUGCUAUCCUGCAAUCUGACCAGUUCUUUUGUAUGCUUAUCCUCAAUCAAACUGGCUACUAUUCAAGCUGACCUGUUGCGUACCAGAGCUUUUACCACUAACCGUUUAAGAGAAACACUGACCUCCUUACAUAACUCACUAUUUAAAUGCA